CAGCAACACUUAGAAAUAAUCAUAAAGAGAAGUAGGGUUGAGACAUCUAAGGUAAAUGUAGAUUAUUUAAAACCUUUGCAAUAUGUUUGUGGGCUUAUAUUUGUAAAACUGGACUUUGAAGGAGACCUAGUUGUACCUGUCUCCAUACCUAAGCCUGUUAAUCACAACAUGGCAGGGAGUGCAAUGACUUUAUGUACAGACAAGCUGUUUAAAGUUUUAGUCAUUGGGGAUAUAGGCGUUGGAAAAAGCAGCAUUGUCAUGCGUUAUGUUAAUAAACGCUUUGAUGAAAGAUACAAAGCAUCUAUUGGAGUUGACUUUGCUCUAAAAACAAUUGAAUGGGACAGCAAGACAGUGGUGAGACUACAGCUUUGGGAUAUAGCAGGCCAGGAGAGGUUUAAGAAGAUGUCCAGAGUGUACUACAAAGGGGCGAUGGGAGCAGUAGUGGUCUUUGACAUGACAAACAGCUCCACCUUGGAGGGUGCCUCAGAGUGGAAGCGGGACCUAGAUUGCAAAGUCUGUCUUGACAGCGGACGUCCGAUCCCCGCUGUCCUGCUGGCCAACAAAUGUGACAUGACAGGAAGAGACGGAGACUUGGUGUCCUCUCUGGACGGCUUCUGUAAAGACAACAACUUCAUAGGGUGGUUUGAGACCUCUGCAAAGGACAAUAUAAAUAUUGAUGAGGCAGGUGCCAUCCUUGUCAAACAAAUGAUGCUCUGCGACACCGGCCUGUCCAAUGAAGAGGACCACUGGGACGGGAUCAAAGUGAGCCAGGCUCCGAGGGAGAGUCAGAGCCAGUCAUUGUGCUGCUGGAGUCCACGGCUCUGAGCCAAACAACCUCAGCAACUGGUUAAACGCUCUAACAAGACCUGUUUUUGAUACCAAGUCAUGAAUGCACCACAAAGGAGCUAUUUCAGAAAGCUAGUGAGCCUGUGUCUCAUGUAGUCAGUAACUUUAUAAUCAUAUUUCUGCCUUGUUGUGUUUCUCAAUAAAUUGUCGACUGUGUGGGCCGCCUCAUAAACA